GCUCCGCAGCCUCCCGUGUCGCGGGACCCCGCAAUCGCCCCCCCCGCCUUUCUCUCCCGGCCCAGGACACGGCAUCGUGGCGCCCGGCUCCUUCGCAGCCCCGCAUCACGCGCAGGCGAGCCGCAGGGAGAGGGGCCGCGGCGCAGGGCGCGGCGGCUGCCCCGUGCCCGGCAGUGCCCAGUGUCCCGGCCGUGCAGCAGCAGCAGGAGGACUCACGCGCAGCCCGGCUGCAGGGCCUGGAAGAGAGGCUGGCGGCGGCCGAGAAGAUGCUCGCUGACGUGAUGAAAGGCUCGGCGGAGGUCGGGAGCCAGCUGGCCGCGCUGGGCACCCUCCUGCAGGGCUACGAGCAGCUCCAGCGGCGCCUGGAGAAAGUGGAGAACCUGCUGAAAAACAGGAACUUCUGGAUCCUGCGGCUGCCGCCGGGCACCCGAGACAAGGUCCCCAAGGUGCCGGUGACGUUCGAUGAUGUCUCCGUCUACUUUUCGGAGUCAGAGUGGGGAAAGCUGGACAAGUGGCAGAAGGACCUUUACAAGACCGUGAUGACGGGGAACUACGAAUUGCUGAUCUCUCUGGAUUACGCCAUCUCCAAACCGGACCUCCUGUCCCGCAUCGAGCGGGGCGAGGAGCUGUGUGUCGCCGAGGACGGGGAGCGUCGCCCGGAGCCCAGCACAGGAGCAGAACCUGCUGUUCUUGCCCCUGGAGUUGAUUCUUGGGCAGAGAAAGACGACGAUCCCUGUGCUGGUGUUCAAGGAGACUCAGAAGAGCAAGAUACUCCUGCAGAUGACACCACCAUGGCCGAAGACAGCUGCGUCGUCAAGGUGGAGGAGAGGGCGACCGUGAGCCCAGAGCCGUGGGGCGCGUUACUGGCCGAGCCGGGAGAGCCUCUUCUCUGGGGCAGGGAGACCUGGGCGCCGGGCGGCGUGCAGGGCGCUGCCGGCCGCCGAGAGCAGAGGCUGCCCGGGAGCAGCCCGCGGGCGCCUGGCGUGGGCCGGAGGGACUGUGGCGACUUUGCGGCGGCGGCGCGGUGGGAGAGCCCCGCCGGGGCGGCGGCGUGCCUCUGCGGCCCGCGCUGCGGCGCGGGCUUCCCCGAGGAGCGGGGCCGCCUCCGAGCCCGCCCGCGGAAGGAGGAGCAGCAGCGCCGGUGCGCCCGCAGCUUCGGCACGCAGGCCAGCCUGGACAGGCACCAGUGCCGCCCCACGGACAGGCUGCACAAGUGCAGCAAGUGCCGGCGCUCCUUCCGCCUCCUGUUCAGCCUGCUGCAUCACCAGCAGGGCCACGAGGGGCAGCGGGGCCACCCCUACGUCUGCUCCGACUGCGGGCGCACCUACAAACACUACUCCAGCAUGAGGCGCCACUGCCUGAGCCACGCGGGGCUGCGGCCCUUCGGCUGCCCGCAGUGCGGCCGGGCCUUCAUGCGCAGGGAGCACCUGCGCGGGCACUGGCGGCUGCACACGGGCGAGCGCCCCUACGAGUGCAGCGUCUGCCUCAGGCGCUUCACCCGCAAGCACUACCUGCUCGAGCACCAGCACAGGCACGCCAGGGAGCGCGUCCGGGACUGGCUGGCGGAGCGGAGCCGCGCGGGCGCCCCGCCGCUCCCGGGAGCGAGCGGGCGCUGGAUCCUCCCGGCCGCGGCCCCCGGGGCCCCGGGCAGGGAACAAAGGGCCAUGGCCGCGGGGGCUCCCGCUCAGGCUCCCCAGCUGGCCGUGCCGCCCGCCGGCCCCGAGCGGACCUCCGAGCGGGAGACGCAGACCGCCGAGCUCUCCCUCACCCUGGUGGCGGCCGUCCAGGCGGUGGAGGGCAAGGUGGACUCGCACUCCACCCGGCUGCUGGACCUGGAGGGGAGGACGGGCACGGCCGAGAAGAAGCUCCUCGACUGCGAGAAGACGGCCGCCGAGCUGGGCAACCAGCUGGAGAGCAAGUGGGCCGCGCUGGGCACCCUCAUCCAGGAGUACGGGCUGCUCCAGCGGCGCCUGGAGAACAUGGAGAACCUGCUGAAGAACAGGAACUUCUGGAUCCUGCGGCUGCCGCCGGGCAGGAAGGGAGAGGUGCCCAAGGUGCCGGUGACGUUUGACGACGUGUCCGUCUACUUCAACGACAAGGAGUGGGAGAAGCUGGAGGAGUGGCAGAAGGAGCUUUACAAGAAUGUGAUGAAGGGGAACUACGAAUCUUUGAUCUCCCUGGACUAUGCAAUUUCCAAACCUGGUGUUUUGUCCCAGAUUGAGCAAGGAGAGGAGUCACGGGUCGGGAAUGAGCAGGACUUGGAGGAGCGAGAGAUCAUUACUGAUGCCACCGCAGCUGGUAUAAGGGUCGUGAUCAAAACAGAGGAGCUCCUUCCUGAAGACAGCCCCGAGAACCCGGAGCUGCAUGGCAUGUCGGGGCAGUCGGAGGGGAGUUUCCAGAGUCCGGAUGAAGAGGCGGCCUGCGAGAGCCCCUAUGGCUCGGUUUCCCCUCCGAGAGACCUCCCGGGGACCAGCCUGGGCGACCCCUCCGAGUACGGAGCCGACUUCAGCGAGAUCCAGCGGGUCAUCGUGCACCACGGGAGCUGCGCAGAGGACGGGAUCGUGAUUAAGACGGAGGAGGAGGAGGAGGAAGAGGAGGACCCGGACACGCUGGAGCCGUGCGCCAUGUUCUCGGGCAGGACGGAGACGCCAGCGUUCGCGAGCCACGAGGCCGGGCUGGGCUGCGAGGCGCAGUGCAGCUCCAAGGCGCAGCCCCGGAGCCUGGCCGCCGGCCGCGCGGGCAAGGCCCCCGCCUGCGAGAGGGACCCCGGGGAGAUGAAGCCGGUCAUCGUCCACCAGCGCAACCGGACGCGGGAGAGGCCCUACAUCUGCCCCGAGUGCGGGAAGAGCUUCAUGCUCAAGAUCAACUUCAUGAUCCACCAGCGGAACCACCUCAAGGAAGGGCCCUACGAGUGCCACGACUGCGACCUCAGUUUCCGCAACAAACAGCAGUUCCUGCUGCACCAGCGCGGCCACCCGCGCCGCGCCGUGGGGGUGCCCCGGCGCCCCGAGCACGGCCUCAAGCCCCAGCCGCGGCCCCCGCCCCCGGGCAAGCCCUACAAGUGCUCCGAGUGCGAGAGCAGCUUCAGCCACAAGUCGAGCCUCAGCAAGCACCAGAUCACCCACGUCGGGGAGCGGCCCUUCACCUGCGGCGAGUGCCGGCGGAGCUUCCGCCUGCAGAUCAGCCUCAUCAUGCACCAGCGCAUCCACGCCGGCAAGAGCGACAUGGCCUUCCUCUGCCCCCAGUGCGGCAAGAACUUCACCCGGCCCUCGCACCUCCUGCGGCACCAGCGGACUCACACCGGCGAGCGCCCCUACCAGUGCAGCCAGUGCGAGAAGACCUUCAGCGAGAAGUCCAAGCUCACCAACCACUACCGCAUCCACACGCGGGAGCGGCCCCACGCCUGCGCCGUCUGCGGGAAGGGCUUCAUCCGCAAGCACCACCUCCUGGAGCACCAGCGCAUCCACACGGGCGAGCGGCCCUACCACUGCACCGAGUGCGGCAAGAACUUCACCCAGAAGCACCACCUCCUGGAGCACCAGCGGGCGCACACGGGCGAGCGGCCCUACCCCUGCACCGAGUGCACCAAGUGCUUCCGCUACAAGCAGUCCCUCAAGUACCACCUGAGGACGCACAUGGGAGAGUGAGGGGCUGCUCACGGCUUCCCCUCCCUCCUUCCCUCCCUCCUUCCCUCCGUCCCUCCUCAUCUCCCCCAGCCCCUUCUCCCCCCACCCCGGCUCAGGGCAUGGACAUCAACAGGGCACGGACAUCAAGGAAGCUUUGGGUGGUAGCGCCGCCGGUCUGGUGGAGACAGCUAGGCUGAUUGGAAAUAAAUUAAUUAAUUAAAGCAAGCAACGCGCGGCAAAAUUAAAAAGAUUAUAUAUAUAUAUAAUUAACUGAAGCAGCUGAUUUAGGGGGAGUCCUCACCUUCCAGAAAAAGAAAAAAAGAAAAAAAAAAAAAGGAAAGAAACCUGUACAGGGUGUUUUGCCAGAGUAGGACUCUUAACUGCUUUUUAAAUCUACUGUUUGGUUUUUUUUAAUAAAUGUGGAGGAACUUUUCGUUUGG